UCAAACGGGAUUUCCUGCACGCCUGCUGUGUUGUUGUGUGCCAGGUGUUUUUGUGGGCGUUAUAAACCCUACUUUACUUUUGACAAAUACUCAUGGAUUUGGAAGAAAUGGAGGCAGAGACCCUUGAUGGAGAACCUGUCUUAGUUGCAGUUCUUGACGCGUUCAAACAGUUUCUUGACAAGCUGAGAGUUGACCCUUCAGCUGCAUCUCUCCAUCUGGACAGAACCAGACUAUCUCAGCAGCAGGUGGCACAUGGAGUCGUGAUGGAGCAUCUGACUCAACUCUGCAACAAACUCCAGAAUUUAAAAGACACACAGACAGCAAUGAGUAUUGGAGAUGACAUUUCACUUCAGAUGGAAUGCCCCACACCACUGGAAGAACAGGUUGUUAAAGAAGAAUUCCAUGACUGUAAACUUGGGGACUUACCAGAACUGCCCCUCCCAGAAGUAGACCCUAAUCUGGUGCAGAUCAAGGCCAGCAAAGCUGAGAUUGAGAGAAGAAUCCAAGCUUUUCUGCAGAGGAAACAGACAGAGGUUGAUGAGAACAACAGAAGAGAGUUUGGGGCUGUCAAACCCAGCCUGCCAGAAGGUGGAAGUGUGACAGAGCCAGACUUCAGCUGUGCCAGGACAGAUGCAGUGUACCAGCCACGGGUAGGCAGGAGCCACAUCAGAGUUUGCAGAGUAGUGAACCCAUAUGGACCCCAGACCAGACAGACACCUGUCCCCAGAUCGACUACUCCCUCACAGACAGUUGUGAAGUCAGAGCCUGGUACAUCACCAGCCGUGCCGUCCACAGCAGCAGCUGUGUCAGAGGGGAUAGAGGAGCGGCUGAGAAACAUGGAGUCUCAUCUCAAGGUCAAGUCAGGAACACAGGUGAACACAGAUAUCUACAGCCGACUGAAGCAGCUGGAGAACCGAAUCCUGCACCUGGAGGGGCUGUCACCUGAGUACUUUCAGCUGGGGCCGGCUAUAAAGUUCCAAAAGCAGGAGCCAGGCAGCCAUGUCCACCAGGAUAUGAGCAUAGAGGAGAUAGAUGAGCGGAUGAAGGCCCUGCGAGAGUCCCUCCUCAGUAAAAAGGACACUUUGCUGUACCCAACAACCAACACAGAUGAAUUCCAGUGAACUUUUUAAAGUCAGUUUCACAUAAAAAAAGGCAAACAUCUUGAUGUACAAUCAGAAGCCUGCAUUUCCUCUCUGGCAUAAGUUGGAUGUCAUUCUACAACAUGGAACAAUGGAUUGUAAAAUUAUAGUAGAGUUGAAUGAUCAGUAUUAAUGACAAUGUUGUUUUAGAAACCAGCUUGUACGCACAUUAUAAUUACUGUACAGUGGGUACAAUACACUUAUGAGUUGUCAUGCUUUACUUGGUUUGGGGAAAAGCUUGUUACUUCACAUUGUCACCUAUCCCAUGUACAUCCUGUAUUCCAAUAGCAAAAACCUAACACUCUUAUCUUCAAAAGAUUACCAACUUGUAGUGAU